AUGAAGUAUAUUUAUGUGGUACGUUACCUGCAUCAGUCUCUCAUCUCCCAUCACCCCAAGUUGGAGCUUAGCGUCCUGCUCCUCCCUUCUCUGCUGCCGCGGCAAUCGGCGAUCGCGUUUUCCGCCUCUGUGAAUUCUACUCCUAUUCCUGGAGGCAAGACUGCCAAUUUGGACCUUUGGACCGACGUCAAGGGCCAAUCAGUUAGGCCAGCACGUUCUCACGUGCUAGCGAACAAAUAUAAACACCAGGGCAGCACGGUGGGCCCUGGGUCUGGUGCGGGACUCAGGGCUGGAGAGGCCGCCUCAGAGGACGUCCAGAGCACGGUCACCGUUUCCGACUCAGACCGCCACUCCGGAACGCCUAGAACGCCCCAGGGGUCGGGCCUCGGAACACGGGCGUGGGCCAGGCUUCUGGCCGUCCCUAAGGGCUGCACGGUGCCCGGAUGCUUCGGAACCCGGGGACAGAGGCUGAGCCACGCCGACCACGCCCGGGUCGGAGACACGCUCCCACGGCCCUCCGCCCAGACCGCCUCCCGGCAGGCUCCGCUCCCCCGGGCGGAGAACGCAGACGGGCGUCUGUGCAGUCCGGGCUCUCUGAUUGGUCCGCGACGCCGCGACCCGCCCAGGACUGGCCGCGCGCCGCGGCUGCGGGGCGGGGCCAGCGAUUUCGCGCCAAAAUCGCGUAGCUGGGCCCGCCCCCCGGGCUACGUCGCGCCUCCCAUGUUUUUUCAAACCCCGGGCUGGGCGGGGAUUGGUGGGCUGGGCCGUCACGUGGUUAACGGUCGCGGGAAGCCGCGGAACGCGAACUUGCGGCCGAACUUGCGGAGACCUUCGCCUGCUACCUGGACCGGUCAGGGUCCACUGGGCAGUCCGCGCCGCAGCCGUCGCCGUCGCGGCGUCGGGAGCUUGGAGCGCCUCGGAGCCACCGCCCCGGGUACCGCCGCAGCCACCUAGCAGGCCU